UUGCUUUGUAAUUAAUUAGUUAACAUAAGCCCACAGUUUAUACUGCAACAAGAUAAUUUAGUCAGACAUGAAGCUGGUUUACUGCCGACAUUUUGCAUCAGCAGAAAAUCAACAAAAAUAUGCAAGAGCAUUCAGUUUUUCCUGGGUCUUCAAACACAACGGGCCUCAUGUCCUCAAGGUUUUUGUGGACAAACAUAGAUGCAAACUUGAUAGCACGCAACCAAGAUUCAGCAAACUUAGGAGAAUAGAAGACGCAAUAAAUUUGUGAAUAUACAAAAGAUAAGCUGAUCAUCAGAACUUGCACAAUACUGGGAGGAGGAUAUUUACAUGUAAUGAUGUACCACCUGCAAUGUGACUUGUUAAACCUGAACCAAACUGUAACGGCUGUUUUUGCAACUGUUAGCAUGUUUGGGAAGGGAGUGCAAACUGGCACACAAAAAUGUCUGCGGUCAUUGUUUGGGAAGGAGAGGUACAGUAGAUAUGACAGAAGAUGUUGUUAGGUAUUUGGAACAAUUAAAAAGUAUAAAAUACAAAUAAAAAAAUAAUCUAGAAACAUUUUCCAGCUGUUCUGAUUUCUGUUUGAUUCAACAAGAAAUUAAUCACUCCAGUUAUUACAGUUUGAUAUAAUACACUUUUUUAUAAAAGAAAACAGAACAGGAAUAUUAAUCAUUUUUCCAGACUCCCUGUCUACCAACGACUAAUAACAGUUAGCACAUUAGGACCGGUUAUCAUACGCAUGCUUUUAUAAAAUCAUUAAAUGAACUAUUCCUAUGAUUAUUGAGAAUCUAACAGCUUUAUUAGUCAAACAAAAAGGUCAUUUGUUUGAUGAGACCAAUUCUCAACAUAAGAAAAAUUUUUUACUUCUGUUUCCUUAUAAGCCUAUAGAGAAUAGUUUAGCAGCUUAAGUUUCAUUUCCUGUUUGAAAUAGACAUGCUACUUUGUGGUGUACUUGUUGAGCUCUUUGCAUGAAGGGUAUAUUUGGCUGCCCUUCCUGCAAACACUGCUGCUCAAAAGAAAAGAAGAACUUCCAUCAACAACUUAUUUUUUUACUGUGUGUAAGAAAAAACAAUAUGGUAUGAAUAUGAAUGAAUAAGUAUUUUAGUAAUGUGGCAGUAGAACUAAAAAUACUAAAUACGAUUUUUCUAUUUUAGUUAUUCGCAAUGUUUACUUAUAAUAAAAUAAAAGACUCCAACGAUGCCUAUUUCUUUAAAUGCUUCUACAUCAAAGUUGUUUUUUUUCUGAAAUCAGAAAGAGGGCUGGACAGGAAAUGGUGGCUCUAACCGCACUGCUUAAAACAACGUUUCUUUCGGAGUAAAGUCUGUUCACUAAGUGGAGAGCAAAGUCCAGCAUCUCUUCAGCUGUUUUAUUUGUGUCAGGAUGUUCUCAGAUAUUAAGUCCACUCCAGAUUUAAUCCAAAGAGUCAGAUACAGCAAAGCAAAGAUAGAAGAAACAGCAGAGUGGGAGGAGAAGAAGGUUAAUAUCUAUAACUAUAUAAAUGACAUGAUGGAUGAUUCUCAGUUGGGAGGAGGAAAGCAGAUUGAAAAUCAACCUGCAGCCAACAAAGUGUCUGCUAGAUUUGCCACACUGAGCAGACGGGUGAUGUACAUAUUGAUAUUAGCUGGGAUCAUCAGUCUGACCGUGUCCUUCACUCUGGAAAUCAUCAAACUGAAGAACAACCAGAGCCAUCUUUUAGACACGGGGGACAAUUACACGCUACAGUUACAAGCCAAACUUUUAGAAAUGGCAGCCAACUACAGUCAACUACAGAACAGUUAUGAAAUACUCAGCAAAAAUCACAAUCAACUGACUGAUCAAGUAAACAGAUUGAACAAUACAUUUACAGGAAAGAGGUGUUCAGAUAGAUGGACCCGAUUUGGAAGCAGCUGUUACUUUAAAGGCGAGACGACAGCUACUUGGGAUUAUGGCAAGGCAUACUGUGAGCAAGAAGAAGCUCAUCUGGUGAUCAUAAACAGUAAAGCUGAACAGAAAUUUAUAAAACAGUUUAAUAAAAAUGGAGAAUCCUGGAUUGGUCUUCAAUACAAGAGGAUACAUGGGCAACAGACGAAUGACUGGAAAUGGGUGGAUGAAUCACCACUGACACAAUCGUUUUGGGGAACAGGAUGGCCAACAUAUAAUGAUUACCAACCAUAUGCAAUAUGCUGCAAUUCUGAAGGGAAAUGGAAACAAGAAUAUUAUUACAAUAACUACCACAACUGGAUUUGUGAGAAAUAAAGUUUCAAACCAGAGAAAGUAAACACCACCUUAUUUUUUUAAAAUGAUGUUUAGGUUUUUUGAGUCACAACUCAUUGUUUAAAGUUUCUUUCUAAGGUUUAUGCAGAGGCACGAUGUAACCUAAUGACAACAGAUGAUGCUUUCAUUAAGUAUGUGUAUCUGUAGAGUAUUUUUAACAGACUGAGUUUACAAAGGUUUGUGAUUGUAAUAAAUUUUAUAUUUUGACAAAUUUAAAAAACUGUAAAGUUUCAACAUGGAUGACACAAAAUAAACUAUAUUCUAAAGUUGUAAAAGUAAAAGGGAGAGCUUGUUGUUUUAAUUUUAUUAUCCUUUCCUUAUCCAUGUUGUAUGAUCCCCCAUCAAAUAGAUAAGGAUAUUUUUAAUGAAAAUAAAGAUUUUUUUCCCCCAGACUCCCACUUAAACAUGUUUAAUUCAUCAUCAAGAAAGCUGAAGAUGCAGAAGUUUUGAUGAGAUUUCAACAUAAAAUUGAUGGUACAAGUGCAAGCGUAAUUUGUAAUUCACUAUUUUAAGCAGAGAUAUUGUUCUGUGGUGUACUUGUUAUGGCCUUUGCAUGAAGCGUAUGUCAAGCUACAGUUAUGCAAACACUUUCUAAAACAUCUGCAGCAGUAAUAAUGUAAUUAUCACCAAAUAGAGCUAAAGUAAAAAAAAAAACCAAAAAACUGUAAAUCAACUCUGUUCAUCUGACAGUUAUAUUAAGUCUAUUAUUAGACAUAUUUCUACAGUCAUAAAAUGUGGUGCACUUGUAAUAUUUUUUUCCUUUAAGAGUUAACAGGUCCAGAGUUGAUUGUUUUAUUUCAUUUUACACCUGAUAAUAUGGAUAAUAUGAUGUUUGUGCUACUUUAGUUGUGUCAUGACCCAUUUGCUAAUAGAUUUAUUGCUGUUUUGUUCAUUGGCUGGAUUUACUGUUAGAAUAAAAACUUUGAGGUCAACACACAA